AGGCGGAGGCUGCCAUGAACACGUGCACGGAGAUGGAGAUGCCCUUCCUCAAGGGCAUCGAGGUGGGGCCUGGCGAGGAGUCCAACAAGGCCCUGGCCGCCUGCGACGCGGCCGCCACUCAGGCGCAGGCCUCCACGAGCCAGGCGUUCGCCCUCGUCAAGCAGAGCCUGGUCGCCGCGGGCAACUACACCGACAAGGAGCUGGGCCAGGCGAACAAGGAGGCCCUGACCGAGCUCCAGGAAACCGCCGCCUCGCUGACGAAGAAGCUGACAGACUUCCGCGCCUCCACUGCGGAGCGGAAGACGGCCGCGGUCGUCGCCGAGGUCACGGAGCUCCUGGAGGCAGCGGAGGCCAAGCUGAAGGUGUACGUGGAUGCCGCCGCGCCGCUCGGGGAGGAGGGCCUGGACGCCGCGCCCCUGGAGUCCCUGAAAGAGGCCCAGGAGAAGUCCACUGCCGCUGAAGCAGAGACCAUGACGGCCCUGCAGGAGGGGCAGAAGGCGGGGAACACCGGGGCCGAGCUCCAGAAGCUCAUGACCCAGCUCACCACCUCGCAGCAGGAGAUGGCCAAGACCAAGAAGACCGUGGCCACCGCAGUGACGCUGAUCAAGAGCAGGGAGGCGCUGGCGGGCGUGGAGGCGCAGCUGAAGGAAGUCGAGGAGGAGAUCGCGAAGGUCGAGAAGCUGGCGGAGGGCGAGGAGCCCUCCGACCAGGCGGUCUUGGAACUGGUGCAGUCCUCGCAGAAGGCGGAGGAGCUGGUCAAGGCUCUCACGCAGGCCGUGGACAAGGCGGUAACCACGUCCGUGGUGUCCACCAAGAAGCAGUUCACGGACAUCAAGGAGCAGGGCAAGGCGGCCACGGCGAAGCUGGUCGCCACCAAGAAGGCCACCAAGGAGCCUCGUGAGCGGGUCCUAUCCAAGACCUACACAGAAGAGGCCAAGAAGAAGGCGGACGAGGUCGAGGUCGCCAUGAACAAGGUCAACGAGGCGGAGCUGCCCUUCCUGAAGGGGAUGGAGAACCUUCCCCUGCCGGAGGCCCAGGAGUCCAUCAAGUCCUCCAAGGAGGC